AUGCGAAACCGAUCCUAUUUACUACCAAUAUUCAUCAUAUCCCUUGUCGACUCCUGCGACAAGGGACUCACUCAACUUCGACACAAAGACACCCUCCAACUGAUGAGAUGUGUUCCGACGCUACCUGGUCAUCCAGAUCCUUGCAUUCUCCAAACUGGUGGACAAAUGAGCUUUUGUCAACCAGACGGACAAGAUUAUGUCUGUUGUGGAACACCAGAGUUACUUGUUGAUUUGGUUGGAAGUCAGAAUAAGCCGUUGUUUCCAGAUAAUUAUAGUUUCUAUCCAAGACAAUCCCACUAUGAUUACAGUGUGCUUGUAAGAAGUUCCAAAGAGCAACUAGAAAGUGAUCCAACUUUCAAAAAUCAAGUUGUUCUGACAACACCCAAAACAACUACGACGACAUUCACAACCACGAGAAAACGACAAUCAAUUAAGAAAUCUAACGUCGUCCUUCAAAUGCUCACAAUUCCAUCUUUAAGUCGUGGAAACUAUUCAAACUCAUUGAAACUGAGCACCAAUUCUGUUUUGGUUCGAGAUGGUUCAUGCGUUUUUGUAGUGGAUACAGGGCUUCCGGCACAGAAGAAACAAAUUAUAAAGAAUUUGGCAUCUUAUGGUGCUCCUGCGAAGAAGAUUAAGUUUGUUGUCAUCACAUCUUCGCAACCUCAAUUUUCUGGGAACCUGAAUUUGUUCCCGUAUUCGCAAUUCAUUAUUGCUGAUGCCACCAUGUACAAAGAUAAUAUUGUGUUCAUGAAACGAUUUGAAAAGCACUCGAUUCUGGAAUUGUGUUCCCCAAAUUCUUUGAUUCAAUCGACCCCUGGACCAACACCGAACUCCAUUACAGUAAUCGUUCGAAACGUGGAGCUGAUGGGAACAAUUGCGAUUGCUGGUGCACUAUUUCCAAAUGGAAACGAUUUGAAUGUGUUUGAUAGGAAUUCAAUUUACGAUAUUGAUAAAUUAAUAGAAUCUAGGAAUCUAAUAAUUUGCGAAGUUGAUUGGAUUGUGCCUGCUAGUUCUUCCCCUUUUCGAGUCACCGCACUACACAGGACUAACGCAAAUUGUUGA